UAAGGGUGUCUAUUUCCUAUUAUGGCUACGUUUCUCUUCUUCGGAGUCACGUGACUACCUCGUUGGUCAGGCUCAAUUAACCUGGUCUCGGCUACGCGGUCUGCUCCUUCAGACUCCAAAGUCAGUCCUGAGCACAUCUUCCUUAUCUGGAAAGGUUGCGGAGGCUGUAUUUGAGCUCGACCUUCGCAUGGCUGGUCAUGAGGAGGAAACCAACGGACAGCUAAAGUUGGCGCUGUCGUACAACAACCAGCUUAUGGAAUCAGUUUUCGACUCCCUUCCUGCCAUCUUAUCUGCUGCCCAACUGACCGAGGGUCCGCUUCUGAAACCCGUUGACUCUGAAAAGCAUAACAUUCGUAUGCAGAUACGUUUAACUCGUGUGACUGGACUUAAGGCAGCUCUCAGAGCCUCAUCUCCUCUGCCAGGUUUGGACAGUCGGCUUGGGUUGGUUGGGCACUUGCGAAUGCACUGUCUCCUCAUCGUUCCAGGAACAGAAUUAGCACCUUCUCUCGGCCGCCUCUACAUGCACUUUUGUGCUCAGCCACCAUCUGUCGAAUGGGACGACAAGUCUCUUAAACAUAGAAGAGACCACAUAAACAUGCUAUUUCAUAGCAACCCGAUCUGGAUAAUGGGCCAACUCUCUUUCACUCAAAGUGGACAUAACGGAAGAAGGUGCCAUGAUUUUCCUGAAAGUCGUUUUUAG